UCACCAUGGAACCAGCGAUCAGUGAUUUUUAAUGAGACACAUGCAUGUGAUGUGCAACAGGAACUGGACACCUGGAGAUUUUCAAACUUCAUACGACGAGUUGCCUGGAUCUUUACCUGUCUAGACAGAGAGGACGUAUAUGGACUGUACGAUACAUCCAAACAUGAAGAGAUCUGAGAAACAAAUGGAGGAAGCUGUGAGUGAAUAAUGGCCGACAAGACUGUUCCCAUGCUCGCCUCACCGCCAAACCAAUCCAUUCCAAAUCUCACCACCGCCCUAUGGGAGCUCAAUCCCACCGUGCCUGCCAAUGUGAACGUCGUCACAAGCUCCCAGUCACAGAUCAAGGACCUUUUCGGGUUGCUCUGCAUGGUGACCCUUAACCUCAUCGCCUUGUUGGCCAACACCGGUGUGAUGGUGGCCAUCGCUCGAGCGCCUCAUGUGAAGAGGUUUGCGUUUGUGUGUCACCUGUGUGCGGUGGACCUGGUGUGUGCCAUCCUCCUCAUGCCUCUGGGGAUCAUAUCCAGCUCGCCGCUCUUUGGCACCGUGGUGUUCACUGUUCUCGAGUGUCAGGUUUACAUCUUUCUUAACGUCUUCCUCAUCUGCAUGUCCAUUCUCACCAUCACAGCCAUCAGUGUGGAGCGUUACUUCUAUAUCGUGCACCCGAUGCGCUACGAAGUCAAGAUGACCAUCAACCUCGCUGUUGGUGUGAUGCUCCUCAUUUGGUUCAAGUCUCUUCUCGUGGCUCUGGUGACGCUGUUCGGGUGGCCGGCUUAUGGACACCAGAGCUCCAUCGCGGCGGCUCAUUGUUCUCUACACGCAAGCCACAGUCGUCUGAGAAGCGUAUUUGCUGUGCUCUUCAUUAUGGUUUGUUUCCUGGUUCCUGUAGCGGUUAUCUUCGCUGUUUAUUGUGCCGUCUACAAAGUAGCACGCACUGCAGCCCUGCAGCAAGUCCCCGCUGUGCCAACAUGGGCAAAUACGACCCCUGCUAAGGAUCGCUCAGACUCCAUCAACAGCCAGACCACCAUGAUCUCCACCGCCCGCUGUCUGCCCCAAAGACUAUCCCCAGAGAGGGCCUUCAGCGGAGGCAAGGCUGCACUUACUUUGGUGUUCAUCGUGGGCCAGUUUUUGGUCUGUUGGUUACCCUUCUUUAUCUUCCACCUACAAAUGUCCAUGACAGGCUCCAUGCAUAGCCCCGGGGACUUGGAGGAGGCUGUCACCUGGCUGGCUUACUCCUCUUUUGCGGUGAAUCCGUUCUUCUACGGCAUGUUGAACAGACAGAUCCGAGAGGAGCUGGUGAAGUUUCGACGCUGCUGCUUGACCCAGCCUGUGGAGUUUGGGGCAUCCAGUCACGAGGGCUCCCUUCAGGAGAACUUCCUGCAGUUCAUUCACAGAACUAGCAGCACGCCUGAAACCCACUCCAGCUGUGCCAACUCCAGCCCCAGAAACACCUUAGGCCAGAAGAUAAAUAUUCCCGGACAAAUACCAAAGGAACAUCCUUAAGCGCUGACCAACACGAGCUAUGGACUGUGAUGCUAACACAUUAUGCCAAGUCACUUUUAUUUAAGGAUAUAUAUUGGCAUUUCACAUCUCUACUAACAAGCCUUUGAAAGGAUUAUUAGCCUCCUUCACAGUUCGUCUGUUCCCUGUCAGUACUGAACUUGUAUGGAUUCCUUUCCCCAUCACUUAUACAUUGAAAUUGCCUGAAGAAGUGGCCUUUAUUGACAAGAAGAACCAUUACUGUGACCAAUAAUCUGUACAUGUCAGUGUGGUUUUAAUACAGACCUAAAAAACAUUGCCUUUAAUUACAUUCCGCACACCCAGUGCCGUUUACCGUUUAAUAGUUAUAAAAGUGUGUCGUUUAGCAAUGUAUUUAUUUGAAUUAGAGUUUAUUUAAUAGAGGCACAAAUGCAAUAACAUUGAGAACUGCACAGCAAUUGUGAGAUGUGAUGUAUGUACAGCAAUUUGUAUUAUUGUUUUUGUAUAAAUGUUUUAUAAAUGUGUAAAUG